GAAGCUUUUGGGAAUGGAAAGAAGUAAAUCGACCAAGGAAGGUAGGCUUUGGGUGAUUGAAAGGUUUCGUAGAAGGGAUUUAGGAGUAUUUCGGGCAAAUUUGAAGCAAAGAGAUGGAUUUUUGGUAUUUCUGAGGGGCUGAUCUUUUAGUCUUUUAAUAUCUUUAGGCUUGAUAGCAAUGAUCGACUCUAGAACCUGGAAAGAACAGCUUAAGAUGGAGCAUAAAGUCCUAAAUGAGAAGAUCAAUAAAUAAAAAGAAAAACCCAUUCUCAAGUUAUACAAUUAAAGAAGAUGAAUUGAAUACAUUUUUAAGAACAAGAGACCACCAGUUGCAGAAGAAGUUGGUCGAAGGGUAUCAAAAUGUCAUUCCAAAUCCGAGGAAGAACAUCGAGAGUGUGAAAAGCAGAAAGAGUAGAUUUGCAUCCAAAAAAAUUCUUAAGACUAAGUUUAGCAAGAUGAUUGGGCAGAUUAAGUUUGAAAGCGAUAGUGAUAACCGUCGUGUUGUUUGCAUGACUAACAGAAAAACUGCGGUUAGCAAAUCUCUUCAAAAGUCAACUACCUUUAGCAAUAAGGAAGUGAUGUUGGCCUUGAAAUCAAUCGGCAGCUAUUUUAACAAGCAAGAAUAACAACAAGUUCAGGACGAUUAAAUGGAAGGGAGAUACUUCUGGCAGAAAUGGCAAAUCACAUAACCAGAGCUCUAGAGACCUUGAAAUUUCAAAAUCUUUCCGUUACAGUCCAGCGUAUAAUUUAAGAGUCUCCGAAAAUUAUCUACCAGCGAAUACAUGACAGAGAAGAAAUUCAAUGAUAGGGCUAGAAAAAUCAAUAAAAAGCUCGAUGGAUUCAGAUAAUACCGAUGCGAAUAUUUUUGCACAAAUGGAUCAGGAGAACCAAGAGCUUAGGAAAUACAUCAGAAGGAAAUCUUGUGAAUGCCAAGCUUGUGGUGGGAGCAAGCUAAAGACCCUUAGAGGUCAUCUCCUGGUACUUGAAGGAGAAGCUUCUGGGGAACUUAUUACAUAUCAAAACAAUCAAGGAUUAAUAAAGUUAGUCAAACAGUCUGAGUCUUCAAGUUCUUAUGCCAGCAACAGUGAGAAAGAAGAACAAGAAGAAGCAAAGCAGCAGUCAGAGGAAGAUAAACAAGACGAUCAGAUACCUGAAAAGGUUCAGAUAUAGAACCAGAUAAUUUUAACACACCAGAAGCAGGAAAGAAGACAAGCCAGAAUGGGAUUUUCCUGAAGAGUAUACUUCAGAGGUCUACUGCAAAGAUGAAAAUUAUGAGGCUGAAGAGUAUCAAGAAGCUAGCUGGAAAUGAGAAUAGCUUUUACAUUUCUAAAUUGAAAGACAAGAUUAAAGAGGCACAGACGACAAGUCAUAAGGUUGAUAGACAGGUUUAAUAAAGUG